GACGUCAAUGGAGAUUAGAAACUAGAAUGGUCUCCCUUACCACAAUGGCUGCGGUUGUAAAUAAAAAUAUUUGAUUUUGUUUUGUAAUUUUUAUAUUUAUAGCUUGUUGGUGCAAAAUAUACCAAUUAUCAAUGAUAUAUAAUUGCUGGUAUUUUAAGAAUGGAUACAGCGUCCAUUGUAGUUGGUACUUGUCUGAUGAAAUGUCCACAACCAGAAAUAGAAAUGAGGGAGAGAGAAGGAUUACUGCACCAUUUCGAAAUUGUUGAAGGCCAGGAACGUUUGAAAAGGCCAAAAUGUGUAAUAGACAGAAUGGUGAAGGAAUACAAGAGGCCUGCAGCUGGUCAAGAUGUGGCAGAUCCAGAAACACUGAGACCAGUACCUGUUUUGCAUCAAACAAUAGACUAUCUUUAUAGCAUUGUGACUAGACCUAAUUCAGAAUGGUAUCAUAUUUAUGACUAUGUAUUUGAUAGAUUACGGGCUGUAAGACAAGAUAUAGUUAUACAAGAUAUACAAGGUUUAGAUGCUAUAUCGUUACUAGAAAAAAUCGUACGAUUCUAUGUUUUAGCUGUUUACAGAAUGGGAAAUAAGAUAACUCCAUCGUUCGACCCAACAAUAAAUAACCAACAUACACAGGAAUGUUUAAAACGACUUUUAUCAUUAUAUACUGAAGUUGAUGGUCCACAUAGUAAUCAGAUAGAGUUUGAAAGUAUUUAUUUAAUGUUUAAUUUAGGAGAUACAUCAGCUCUUCUUCAUUACUUGGAUUUACCAACGUUGAUAAGGAAUUAUCACCAUUUAAAGUUAGUAUAUUGUGCUAGUAUCAACUAUUUACUACAGAAUUAUGUGAAAUGUUUACGACAAAUAAAAAAACUAACCAAUGUUUUAUGUCUGUGUGCCGCACAUCGACACCUGUGUAAAAUCCAACAAAGUAGUUUGUAUAUAAUGAGUGUGGCUUAUGGCAGUAAAAACUGUAAAUAUCCAACAUGUAGUCUGGAAGAUUUACUGUGUUUUAACUCACAAGAUGAAGUAGAAAAUACACUUGAAAAAUGUGGUUUACCAGUUAAAGAUGGUAGUGUUUGUUUCCAGAAAUCUCUCUUUAAACAAGAAGACAAGGUGUCAUGGAAACCAUGGCAACAAUUGGAGAAUUUAUUGAAUCGCUGUAAUUUAACUGGUAUCCUCCUUGGAAAAUCAGACAGAAUACCGCUACCAGAUAUAUCAAAUCUUUCUUUUAACGACAGAUGAUAGCACAUUUGUAUUUCAUCUCAUUAUCACUUUAAAUUAUUUACAGAUUUUUAUACAUUACAUAUUUUCAUGAUGAUAAAUAACCAAAAAUGAAAUGUCUUUCAACAGAUCACAUAAUGAAUUUAUUUUAUAUCAAAAUCCAUAUACUGGAAUCAUUAAAUGUAUUGACAGCCAUUUUAUUUUUAUUUUAAAAUUGAUUUUUAAUGGACACUACAUUGAAAUUUUAGUAUUUUAGUGCUUAAAUAUUUUAUGAAUUAUUUUAUUCUGGGAAUAGAAUUUUUAUAGUACUGUUAUUUGAUAA